AUGACGAACUGGCGAAGUAUAAUCGAAAAGUCAAUACAGCAGAGUGAGUUUCCCGAUUUGGAACUAUUACAUUUAUCUCAUAUUUGUGAAAUAGCCGUGUGAGCGAUAAAUUUAGUACCUAUGUGUACUCGUAUAGUCAGUACGACUGUACAUUACUAAUUAGUAACUGCUUGCAAACGCAUCAUUUCAAGUAAAUUCUGAUUACUGAACAAAAGCUACAAUAUCUUAUUAGGAAUUGGAUCUAUAAUAUCAAUAUGCUAUUGUUACCAGCUAUAUGUUUUUUGUUGUGCGUUGACAUUUUAAAUGCUUCAAACAAAAAUGAUCUGCAAAAACAAAAUAUUACUAUUUCAUUUCAUUCUCACAAAAAUAAUUGUUCUGAAGAUUAUGAUAUUACUACAAUUUAUAGAUUCAGAAAAAUGGGUUCGUCGACUAAAUAUUCAUUAACAAAUUCAAAUGGAGAAAAUUAUUACCUUUGGCCACGGACUCGAAAAAACUGGAGAGAAAUGUGUACGAUUGAAAUACAUUCAAGGACAAAUGCCAUUGGGAUACCGUUGUCCAUAAACAAAACAAUUGAUGAUAAUAAUUCAACGUCGGAUAAUGUCUUGCAAAUAAAUACUGCUGGGUUGCUUAAAUACGGAUUUACUCAAAAUAACAGUCGUAUAGCUAUUUAUUUCAAUUCAAUAUACUGGAUACCAUCAGCUAUUGAAUCUACAGGAAAAAAAUGCGACCUCGACUCUGUUACUUCUAGUACUUCUACAGAAAAUACAGAAAAUCAAUCUAAUAAAUGUUUCCAAACAUUAGAAUAUAAAUAUGAAUCACAUUAUUAUCAACAUUAUACAAGAGAUGUUUAUCAGACAUUUCUUACGGUUGAUUGGAAGCCAAUUAAAAAACAAAAUUGUUUAUCAAUUACAUAUUUUCAUAAUUUAAAUUCUAAUAUGAAAAUCAUACUGAGUAUAUCAAAUGAAAACGAUACAUUAAUAGCGUCACCAAUACUAGAAAAACAUGAUAGCAUAACAACAUUAAAAGUUGAAAACUUAAAUCUUAUUCAAGAUCAAGAAUAUAAACUAUCAUUAAAAAGCAAAUAUGCUAAUAUGCACAGCUACUACAGUGGGGAUUUUAGAAAUUGGUUUGAAUUCUUGCGGAUUGCUCAAUGUCCAAAUAACGAUGAAGAAGAAGUCACACUUGUUUCUAUGAAUGAUAUUGGUCAUAAUAAUUUGUGUAUCUCCCAAAAGCCUUUCGUUAUCCUGGGAAAUGAUGAAAAUAGUAUCAACAACAAAACUUCAACAACAUCUUGUUUAAAUGGAGGUUACAUGCUACAAACGAAAUCAACGUGCGUUUGUCCGCCUGGCUUUAUAGGACAAUUUUGUGAAAAAGGAUGUGGACCAAAUCAUUAUGGCGCCGAUUGUAAAGGUGUUUGUUCGAUGUAUACCGAUGAAAUGUGUCGUGGAAUAUUGAUGUGUACAAAAUAUUAUGGCUGUACAUGUCCAGUAGGUUUAACUGGUUCAUUAUGUGAUAGAGACUGUCCACCAGGUAAAUAUGGCGCGAAUUGUGAACAAUCAUGCUCGUCAAAUUGUCUUGAUAGAACAUGUGAUCCAUAUACUGGUAUCUGUUAUCGAGGAUGUUCACAAGGAUAUUCAUCUCCGUAUUGUCUACAAAAGUAUCCAUACCUCAUUAAUCCACCAAUACUUCUUUCGGAUAAAUACGAGACAUUAGAGAUGGAGUUGAAUUUCGGAUCAAAUAAUAUAAAAGGAGGAGAUAACAUUUUAAAGUUAAAAUAUUAUCAAUUACUUUAUAAAUCAAUAAUUGAAGAAGAAUUUACAAAAUCAGAGUUUAAAAUUAUAAUUGAAAAUAAUACUAGAACCACCGAUAUUCUAAAUAAUUUAGAACCAGAUACCACUUAUAUAAUUGGUGUUCUGGUUAUAGCAGAUGAUGGAAAUUUCAAUUACGAAGAUAUUGUUUAUGGUCAAUAUAAUACAUCAUGUAUCCAACCUGAAAUUACUGAUUAUAACAUUCAAUUAAUCAGUGGGAUAAAAAGUGUCAACGUAAGAUGGGAUAAAAUAAAUCUUAAACGAUUCGAAUGUAAAGUAAUUAAAUAUAUAUUGACGUUAAUGUUUAAUCAAUCAAAAAAUCAAAUUUCGGGCAUUAAAGAAAUAGAAACAAGUUCCGAUAAUGGCUACUUAAUAGAAAAUCUUUAUCCUGGAUAUAAUUAUAGUUUAUCUUUGACUUCUCAAACUAAUAAAGGACCAAUGAUGUCGUCACCUACUUAUUCAUUUAUUCCUCUAAUAACAAAAAAUGAUGUCAGUAUUAAAGAUCUGGUUGCAACAACAACUGAUGAUAAAAUUAAAAUAUCCUGGAAAUUAAAAAAUGUUUACGAACAACACACAAUAGUUCAUGAACCUUUUACUUAUAUCAUCAGAUUUAAACUGCAUCGAAUUCUUAGUUGUUCUUUGGAAAAUUUAGAAAACGAUUGGACGUCAGUAAUAAUUUCCAAUCGAACAAAUUACGAAAUAUUCGAUGUGGUUCCUAAUGCGCAAUAUUGUAUACAAGUUAAAAUUGCAAGUGAUGAAAUAAAUACUCGAGAAACUCAAAUUUACGUAUUAACUCAAUCAUCGACACCAAAAGUUGAACCUGUUUUUGACCUUGAACACCCAAUGUAUGUGACGAAUAGCUCAAUAUUUAUCCAAUGGAAAAUCGAUCACGUAAAUUGUUCAAAAUUAAAUGGAUUCUUAUCAACGUUCUACAUUGAAUUAAAGGAUAAGCAAAAUAACAUAUUACAAGUAAAUGAAACGAAAAAUAACUACAUUCACAUCAAUGAUUUGAAAUCAAAUAAUUAUUAUGAAAUAAAAGUUUUUAUAAAAACACACAUGGGUUAUAAUCCUGAACAUUAUCUGUUUACAAAUUUUACUACUAAAACAAGAUAUUUAUCACCAGUCAAUGACUUGGUAGCUUAUAAAAAAAGUCUUAAAUAUCGGUUAGUGGGACUUCGUUGGUAUUAUAUAGAAGAUACAAGUUUAGAUGGAUUUAUAGUUUCAAUUAAUGAAGACACUUUUGGAAAGAAAAACAAAGUUUCUGUGAUUUCCCCGAUAAAAUGUCCUGCUUGGCCAGAAUACUAUUGCUAUACUUAUCAUAAUUUGAGCUCAAUAAACAACUUUACUUUCAAAAUAAAGCCCAAGUCUAUUGACUAUCCUGAAGGUGGCCCAGAGUCGUCCAUUUCAUUCAACAUAAACGAUGAAUUGCCAGAUUCACCAAAUAAUUUAAAAAUUACUGACAUUGGUAACACUUUUAUAUCUCUCCAAUGGGACAUUCCAUGGAUAUUUAAUGGUAUACUGAAAAUGUUCAUUAUUAAUGUAGAAGAAAUAUCAUAUGCAGAUAUGAAUUUGUAUUCAGGAGUUAAGGCAACAGAAUAUCCAAUCUAUGAAGAAGUACCUUCUUUUAAUUAUACGCUCAAAAAUCUAAAUCCGGGCUCGACUUAUUCAGUUGGAAUAAUAUCCGUAUCCAAGUCACUAUGGUAUAGUUUACCGUCCAGAAUUCUCGCAAAAACACUUUUAGAUUAAUUAUUAUUAUGAUUUAAUAUUAAUAAUUACUAACAUUCCAUUUAAUGCACCAAGUGAAAUCAUAAUUUUUCACAAUAUUUUUCUUUGUAAUUUAUCUAACACAAUCAUACUAAUAUUUUGUUAUUUUAUAAU